AUGACUGUUCCCAUCGUAAGGCAGAGGGCGAAGGCACCGAAAACACGCACAGGCUGCAAGACUUGUCGCCAACGACACAUCAAAUGCGACGAGACCAAGCCCGCAUGCCAGCGAUGCGCUCGAUCGGGCCGGCAGUGCGGAGGCUACGAUACCGUGAAGAACCCUAACGAUGUCAGGAAGCUGCCAUUUGUGCAGCCCAAGCAUUUGAGCCCGGGGACUGCCCUCUCGCCUGUCUUGCAGUCGCCUGGAGGAUCGCUGCAGCGUAUGGGCACUACCGAGCGCAAUGCUUUCGACUACUUUCGCAUGCAGACUGUUCAUCAGUUACCGGGGAAUGCGUGGCUGCUGUCGUGGGAGAGGCUAUCGAUUACUGCGAGCCUUACAGAGCCCGCCAUUCUUCACGCCAUUAUUGCGCUGGGAUCGCUACAUCAGGCGUAUGGCAUUUUCUCACCGUCACACUACAUCAAAGGCUCCUCGGUAGACCAUAGCCUUCAUGACUUUGCGAUCAACCAGUGCAACAAAGCCAUGGUGCUUGCAAGUAGCCACAUCGGCAACCUCUCGUCGACCAGCUCCGAUGCGGAAGUUCAAGUCGUCAUGCUAAUGUCGCUGCUCAUGUUCUGUUUCGAAGUCUGGUGUGGCCAAGAUCUUCGAGCCAGUUUCCAUCUGCGAACUGGCCUUCGCAUUCUCUAUGACCGCGUGAAACUCCCCGGCGACACUUCGUCCGCGGAGAAGAAGCGCCUGGUCGAGGUCAAAGUCAAUCCACAGAGCGAUAUGGAUAUCCUGCUACAGACGUUCGUCCGACUCGACAUGGACUUGACGAUCCAGGGCCGAACAGAUCCAUUCCUGUACCCCGUGAUAAAAGAAGACAUCCCCUCCGUCUUCUCGUCACUACAAGACGCCAUGGUCUAUCUAGAUGCCCUCGCCGCCUCCAUCCAGGACGUCUACCGCCAAAUUUUCGAGCGAGCAUUAGGAGGUCUUCGCGACGAUGGCGUCGGCGACCUAGAUGACGACAGACUGUGGAUGCUGGCUUCCGUCCACUCGCGGACCAUCGACUUGUCAUCAAAUCCGGACCUCGCGGCUCGAGUAGAUCAAGGCAAGCGCGACGUGAGCAGAUGGAUGUCUGCGUUCGCCUUCAUCCCCUUUACGUCUGAUCGACAAUCGGCGCAUCUGUUAGCACAGAUCCAGGCAUUUUGUCUGUGGCAUGAAGUUUCCUUUUGGCGAGAAUCGAAUGAGAUGCUGCUGGACCGAUUCGAAGAGCAGUACGACUACAUACUGGGCCUUGCUGAACGAUACGUGGAACUUCACCGCCAUGGAAGUCCGCCGAGUAGCCCGGGUUCUCCUGGCAGUGACUCAGAUUCACGAGGAUCAACACGACCAGCGUUCUCCCUCGGCACUGGCCUCGUUCCGUGCAUCUUCGUGAUUGCCUUCAAAUGCCGCAAAUCCUCCAUCAGGCGAAGAGCUGUCGAUCUCGUCCGCUCGAUCAACCUCACCGGCGUGUUUGAUGCUUACUGUGUUGCAUCGUUCUGCCAGACAAUCAUCGACAUCGAGGAGAAUGCUGCCAGACAAAUCCUUGGCACCGACAUUGAUGACUUUCAAACCCAUCAAAUUCCUAGAGAGGCGAGGUUGAUCGAUGUGAACAUGACAGAAUGGUCGAAAAGCGAAUUCUACAAGUCCGAUCAUUGUAGAAUGGUGUAUGCGAAGCUGGGCGAAGAGGGGGAGAUUGCAGUCGGGCUGAAGGAUUUCGCCAUUGUGAGGUCGACUACACCCAUCGAGAUUGAUCCGAGGCUUUUGGGCUGCGAAGGUUGA